UUGUUUGGCAGUCCGGUGUCCAGGUGAAGCCAAUUUCUGAUUUUCCGGUAUUCAUCCGGACUAAAAUGAACUCAUAAAUCUUUUACUACAUUUUCGGGAAUGCGGCCUUCUUCCCGUUUAACCACAAGUAUGUUGUGAAUUAACCUCGUUAAACCGGUUGUGCAGAUAGUGAACUGACAUUGGUGAAGUUACAUCUCGGAGGCUUGGUCCCUAAACAUCCGAACAUAUCUGUUCACUCCGACAUGAAAAGAAACGGCGCCUACAAGUUUUUGUCAGUGUUCUCGUGCUUCAUCGUUUGUGCGUUCAUGUUUUUAUUCUGGUACUUUCUCAUUUACUCCAUGAUACGUGUCCCGUAAGACACAGAGAGGGAUACACUUCUUCGUUAGCCGCUAAGCUAACUGACAGCUAUUUACCCACACUGCAUUGCUGUAUUGACAAGUCCCGUGAUCACAUGAUCAUCCGGACCCGGAAGUAAGGAUCUCUGCUUGUAGUACUUGGCUGUGCGUCGUGUUAGUGGAGUUGUGAUGGCAUCUGACACCAGUGAAGCAGUGUCCUCCAGUCCAGACCUCAAGCUGCAGUUCGCUCCCUUCAGCAGUGCUCUGGAGGCCGGCUUCUGGCACCAGCUCACGCAGAAGAAGCUCAACGACUACAGACUGGACGAGAGCCCCAAGUGUAUCAAAGGAUAUUACUACAAUGGGGACCCACUCGGUUUGCCCACCCGCCUGACAUUGGAGUUCAGUGCAUUUGAAGCGGAUAGUCCGACACCAGCCCGCUGCUGUCCAGCUGUUGGGACGCUGUAUAACACCAACACACUCGAUGCCUUUAAGACCACCGAUAAGAAGGCUCUGCUGGAGAGAGAGGCCAAGGAGAUAUGGGAUGCCAUACAGUCCGGAGCUGCGUUUAAUGACCCGUCCAUCCUUUGCAAAUUCAUUCUGCUGACCUUUGCAGAUUUGAAGAAAUAUCAUUUCUACUACUGGUUCUGCUUCCCUGCACUCUGUUUCCCUGAGGGAGUGAAGAUCAUCAGACAGCCAUCUGCACUGGAGCAAGUCUUCUCACCAAAACAGAUCGCAGCCCUACAGGAGGCCUAUGAUGUCCUGUGUAUCAAAAGAGGGACCACUGCAGUGCCUUACUUCCUGAUGAAGUACACCGAGGACACUGUUCAGAUGGCUCCACUCGGGGACUGGGACAAGUUCUUCGCUGGCACCAAGAAGGUUACUGUGGGCGUCUAUGAUCCGUGUACUCUGUCUCAACAUCCGGGCUGGCCUCUGAGAAAUCUGCUGGUCCUCUUAGCUGCCCGAUGGGGCUCUAAGCUGGACAUGGUGGAAGUGCUGUGUUUCAGGGACAGAACUCUGCAGGGAAGCCGCUCCAUUCAGCACAGUGUCAUCUUCCAGAUUAAACUACCUGAGCUUCCCCUCAACUCAGCAUGUCCUAAGAGUGUAGGCUGGGAGAAGAACCCAAAGGGGGCCAUGGGACCCAGGAUGGUCAACCUCAGUGAAUGCAUGGACCCUAAAAGGCUUGCAGAGUCAUCAGUGGACCUGAACCUGAAGCUAAUGAGAUGGAGGCUGGUUCCUUCCCUGGACCUGGACAAGGUGGUCACCACAAAGUGUCUUCUGCUGGGAGCUGGAACUCUGGGCUGCAAUGUAGCCAGGACCCUCAUGGGAUGGGGAGUGAGACACAUCACAUUUGUAGACAAUGCCAAGAUCUCUUACUCCAAUCCAGUCCGACAGCCGCUGUAUGAGUUUGAAGACUGUCUUGGAGGAGGGAAGUCCAAAGCCAUGGCAGCUGUCGAUCGACUCAUUAAAAUCUUCCCUGGUGUGAAUGCAGAGGGUUACAACAUGAGCAUCCCCAUGCCCGGUCACCCGGUGAAUUUCUCUCAGGCCACUCUCUCCCAGGCCCAGAGGGAUGUGGAGCAGCUGGAGAAGCUCAUUUCAGAACAUGAUGUGGUCUUCUUGCUAAUGGAUACAAGGGAGAGCCGCUGGCUGCCGACAGUGAUAGCUGCCAGCAAGAGGAAGCUUGUGGUUAACGCCGCUCUAGGCUUUGACACAUUUGUUGUGAUGCGCCACGGCCUGAAGAAACCGCCUGUCAGUCAGAGUGUUUCUGCAGGGGCAGACUCCUCCACGUCCUGUUCUUCUGCUUCCUCUUCAUCCUCCACGCCAGCCAGCUCUGCGCCCACCGUCCCAGGAUCCUCUCUGUUCUCCAACAUCCCAGGACACAAGCUGGGCUGCUACUUCUGCAACGAUGUUGUGGCACCGGGAGAUUCAACCCGGGAUCGGACUCUGGAUCAGCAGUGCACAGUCAGCAGGCCCGGCCUGGCCAUGAUUGCUGGAGCCCUGGCUGUGGAGAUGAUGGUGUCCAUUCUGCAACACAGUGAAGGAGGCUAUGCGGUGGCCAGCAGCAGUGACGACAGGAUGAAUGAACCUCCCACCUCUCUGGGUCUAGUGCCGCAUCAGAUCCGAGGCUUUCUUUCGAGGUUCGACAAUGUCCUGCCUGCAAGCCUGGCCUUUGACAAAUGCACAGCCUGCUCACCCAUCGUCCUGGACCAUUACGAGCGGGAAGGUUUCAACUUCCUGUCCAAGGUUUUUAAUUCUUCACACUCAUUCCUGGAGGACCUGACGGGGCUGACGCUGUUGCACCAGGAGACACAGGCUGCAGAGAUUUGGGACAUGAGCGAUGACGAGAGCAUCUGAAGGACAGGAGGAACCGACCCUGAGCCUCGAAAGAACUCAGCACUCCACUCCUUCUGUUUUGUCUGGUUUGUUUUCUUUAAGGACUUUACAAAGGACAAGAGCUUUGCAGGCAACAGCAGACACACUCAUCAAAUUCUUGUAAUCAGAACCAAGCACAUUACAAAACGCUUUUCAGAAAAGAGCCUGAAAGACAUGCUUUAAAUGUUUUAGUUGGUCUACAUGUCGAAUCAAGAUCAACCAAAGCAUUGGAUUUCAUAAUAAUGAAACAGCAAAAGAAAUAGAUUUACUGCUUAAAUGAAUGUUUUUCACUGUUCAAUUAGAAACAGGAUCAUAGCUCAGUAAGUUAAUUUCCACUGUGUGUAUGAAGCUGUUGUGUUUUGAGGAGAAUGUACAUGUUUCUAUCACGUCAUGAUGUGUAAUCAGUCACAUUCACUCAGUGUUUGGAGUCGGUUCAUUUCCCUGAGACCAAACACAACAAAGCACUCUGCAUUUGUAUCAUGGGACUUGUUUUAAGCCUCACUGAACCCCAUAGGUUCAGUCCUCUCCACGGUCUCUCCAUCAACACAUUUAAUGGGUUUGCUGAGUCCUUUGGCAAGAUAUUGCCCAACUACAUCUGCUCGCUCAUUCACUUACUUCAGAUAAAUUACGAAAUUAAAAAAACACAGUUGACAACUCAGCACGUCCAUCCAUCUCCCCUGUCUGUUUACUGGAGACUGUGAUACAUACAGUACAGUUAAUACUUAAACCAGCUUUGUUCCUGUGAAAGUAGGAAACCUGCACACAGACGUUACUGAGCAGCUUCUGAUAUGGAAAUGAUUUACUGUUCCUGGGGACAACCUGGGACCUGCAACUGCACAGUUUAAUCUGAAAGAGCCUACGGACAAAGUGAAGGUCUUUAUGUUUUGUGUUGACGCAUGCGUUUGUCAGUGUAGUUAUGUUGCUUUUCUUACUCUACAGUGUGCUGUUCGUCUGAGCUGCUAACGUUCAAUACUUUCAGUGUAAUGACAUGUUAAUUUCAACAGCUGUUUGGAUAUUUGUGGAAGACUUUAAGUACAAUGUGGAAAGAGAGCUGGGAACUUUUAAAGUUAAGAAGUUUAGUCAGAAUUACGAGAACAAUAACAACCAGAAUUCAGACUUUGUCCUCAGAUUUUAUUUUUAAAGUUGAGAUUAAACUCUGGAUUCUGAUGUGGUUUACAUUAUUCUCAGAGCUGUUUUUGUCACGCUUUUUUCUUCUGUAAGUAUUUAACCAAAAACUGGAAUAAAAUGUCUCUUUAUAUGUC